AUGGGGCCAUUGGAUCUCUUGGCUGUCGCUGCGUUUGCUGCCGCGGCUUUCGCAUACAAUCCUUCUGCAACACAGUCCAAGUGUGGAAUAUCACCUAGUGCUUACCAUCCAACUGCAACUUUGCCGGAGACAUGCUCUGCCACAAGAUCAAUUGCGUAUAGCAAGUUCUCCUACACGGUACUCACCACAGCACGCUACGCAACAGCGAUUCCGUCCCCUCUCGUGCUUACUACAACCUACGCACCACCCUUCAGUCAGGCUUCGACGCUUCUGCCCACAGACGUGACCUAUACGUCGUACUCUCUCAAUCGCUCCGCCACCGAUGUGCAAGAUGGAACGUAUGGUCAAGGAGCUUACGCUCGUCUCUGGGCCCCUGUCUCCUAUAACACAACUGUCCCCUUCACCACCACUGUUUCUCCGACUCCAAUUCCUAGCAGUGAGCUUGUGUUCCCGCCUCCCCUUUACACUGCUUGCCCCGAUUCCGCAGACAAAUGCGUAGACUGCUACAAACUCCCCAAGGAUUUUCUCUGGGGCGUAGCCGGCUCGGCAUUCCAGAUCGAAGGUGGAUUGACGGAAGCUGGAAGAGGACCUGGCGCACUCGAUACUAUCGGCUCCCUGCCGAACCCUGAGGGGCUGCCGACGGCAGAACUCGCCGACAUGAACUAUUGGCUUUACAAGCAAGACAUUGCUCGUUUGGCGGCGAUUGGAGUACCCAAUUACUCAUUCUCGAUAUCUUGGACCAGGAUCGUUCCUUUUGGUAAGGCCGGUUCGCCAAUAAAUGAGGAAGGAUUGCGGCAUUACGAAGAUGUUAUCGAGACUUGCCUGCAAUAUGGCAUUAGACCCAUCGUGACUCUUACGCACGCCGACCCGCCACUCAACACGAGCUAUACCGAUCCCGAUUUUGCCGAUGCCUUCCUCUACUACGCCAAGGAAGUGAUGUCCAGAUAUUCGGAUCGUGUCAGUCAUUGGGUCACUCUGAACGAGCCAAACAUCGGGUUCAGACUCAACUACUACGCCGUGCCGAACAUUCUCAUGGCCCAUGCCAGAGUCUACCAUUGGUACAAAGACGUUCUGAAAGGCACCGGUCUCAUCACGAUCAAAUUUGCCAACAACCUUGCGAUGCCCCUCGACAGCACCAAUCCAGAAGACACGCGCGCGGCACUUCGCUACCAAGAUUACAUCCUCGGAAUCAUGGCGAACCCCAUAUUUCUCGGCGAAAACUACCCAUCAGAAGUCCUUGGCACGACAGGCAUCAACCUCACCGCUCUCACACCCGAUGAAUUAGCCUACAUCAACGGUACAAGUGACUUUUGGUCAUUUGAUCCAUAUACAGCCGGCUUCGCCACCAGCCCCCCAGGCGGCAUCGACGCCUGUGCCGCCAACAUGUCUGAUCCACUGCUUACAUUGCCCCUCAGUAUGUCAGGCAGCAACUCGGUUACGUCUGGAAUACAUUCCGACCUUCAGGCGUGUUGA